AUCCACCGCCAUGUCUUCUUCAAGUCCGAAACCCCUUUCCCCAUCCGCUUCGUUCCCCUCGUCGUCUCUAAUGGCCUCCUCCUUCCUCCGCGCCUCGCCCCUCUCCCUCCUCUCCCGCCUCAGGCCUAGGCCGCCCGCUUCGCACGUCCGCCGCCUCCUCCCGCUCUUCACCUCCUCCGCCUCCGCCACCGCCUCGUCCUCCCGCUCCCCGUCCCCGCUCCGAACCCUAGCGGGCGCGGCGGCCACCGACGCGGCCGCGACCCCGUCGAAGGAGUCUAAGGUUGAGAGGUUGCAGUCGCUGCAGUGGCCACGGAGGGACGCACUGUGCGGAGAGCUCGGCGCCGGUGACGCCGGCCGUCGGGUGCGGCUAUGUGGCUGGGUCGCGCUCCGCCGUACGCACGCUGGGCUCACCUUCCUCACCCUCCGCGACCGCUCCGGCAUGGUGCAGGUGACAACUUUACCAGAGUAUCCAGAAGUUUACAAUGUAGUGAACAAGCUGAGAGUAGAGUCCGUGGUUGCUAUUGAGGGGGUGGUACAGCCACGCCCGGCAGAUGCCAUCAAUGCGGAUAUGAAGACUGGGGCUAUAGAGGUUGCUGCAGAUCGUGUUUUAGUGCUGAACUCAGUAACUCGUUCAUUGCCGUUUCCAGUUACAACUGCUGAUACUGUAAAAGAGAAAUUUCCGGAAGAAAUUAGACUGAGGUUUCGAGUCCUGGACUUGCGUCGUCCACAUAUGCAAUCAAACUUGAGGCUGCGCCAUAAUGUUGUUAAGCUCAUUCGUCGUUGCUUGGAGGAUGAGCAUGAUUUUGUUGAGAUUGAGACUCCAGUUUUAUCCAAAUCUACACCAGAAGGUGCUCGAGACUAUCUUGUACCAUCAAGAGUUCAGCCAGGAACAUUCUAUGCUCUCCCUCAAAGCCCUCAGCUAUUCAAGCAAAUGUUGAUGGUCUCUGGCUUCGAAAAAUAUUAUCAAAUUGCAAGGUGCUUCCGAGAUGAAGACUUGCGCGCAGACAGGCAACCAGAGUUUACACAACUUGAUAUGGAGAUUGCCUUUACAUCAAUGGAGGAUAUGUUGAAGUUGAAUGAAGAAUUGAUGAGACAUAUAUUCCAAGAGGUUAGAGAUAUCAAGCUGCCAAAUCCUUUUCCAAGGUUAACAUAUGCUGAUGCAAUGAAUCGCUAUGGGACAGAUAGGCCUGACCUUCGGUUCGAUUGGGAGCUGAAAGAUGUUAGUGAUGUAUUUUUGAGCAGUAGCUUCAAGGUUUUUGCCGAUACAUUAGAAAAUGGAGGUAUAAUAAAGGCACUGUGUGUGCCUGGUGGCGCCAAAGUGUUUUCAAACACUGAUCUAAAGAAAGGAACUGUCUACACUGAAGCUUCCAAAUCUGGAGCUAAGGGCCUGCCUUUCCUCAAAGUUAUGGAGAAUGGUGAGCUUGAAGGAAUUGGUCCGCUGGUGUCAAGUCUGAAACCUGAAAAGAAAGAUCAGUUGGUGGAACUUCUGGAUGCGAAGGCAGGUGAUCUUAUCCUGUUUGCACUGGGGGAACAAUCAUCGGCUAAUCAAAUUCUUGGCAGAUUAAGAUUAUUUAUUGCUCAUAAGAUGGAAGUGAUAGACAUGUCAGCACACUCAGUUCUUUGGGUAACAGAUUUUCCUAUGUUCGAAUGGAACAGUGAUGAGCAGAGAUAUGAGGCUCUACAUCAUCCUUUCACUGCACCAAAUCCUGAAGAUAUGAAUGAUCUACGAUCAGCUCGUGCAUUGGCUUAUGACAUGAUUUACAAUGGGGUGGAGAUUGGAGGAGGCAGUUUGAGAAUCUACAAAAGUGAUGUACAACAAAGGAUUUUCGAGAUCAUCGGUAUCUCACCUGAACAGGCAGAGGAGAAAUUUGGCUACCUUCUAGAAUCUUUCGACAUGGGUGCCCCUCCACAUGGAGGCAUUGCCUAUGGAUUGGAUCGGUUGGUCAUGCUUUUGGCUGGUGAGAGUUCGAUCCGGGAUGUGAUAGCUUUCCCAAAGACCACGACUGCUCAAUGUGCUCUCACCAAAGCACCAUCAGCUGUAGACGCUCAGCAACUGAAGGACCUUGCCUUCCCUGCUUCUUGAGGGUACUGUUUUUUUUAAGAACUUCUUGAGGAUACUGUUGAUAGCGAAAACGUCUGGGGUAGCUAGUAGUUUACAUUGGGCUCCUUUUCUGUUUUGAACCUUUUUUUUUUGGUUUGCAUAGUUUGCAUAGCAGGGAGUGAUUUUGUUCGUGAGAAAUUUUGACCCAGAGGGAUUUAUAUAUAGAGAACGCUUAAACCUGCCAAAGUACUGGAUGCAACAGUAAUUUGAUAAAAGAUUUAGGCCUGGAGGCACAUUAGCCAUGUUAUGUAUUUGUGCACAACCUUUCCUCUUCUAAAUUAUCAACAGAAUAUGUAUUCUUGUAGAACAGUGUGAACUGCAGAACUCCAUUUGUUGUACCCCAAUUGUUUUUUCAUGUAACCGACUGUUUUCUUCAAUAGCAUGCUUGGAUACAAAUCCUGUACCAUUUGUUAA